UCACAAACCCUUAUCACAAACCCACAUGCUUUUCUUGCACCCAUUCUGUUGUGGUGUUACUGUUGCCUAACCUUAUCACAAACCCACACGCUCUUCUUGUACCCAUUCUUCACAAUUUUCUAUGGCCAUUAUAUUCGCCCUUUUCCUGUUUCCCUUCUUUCUACUAUGGUUAUCAAGAAGACUUCAAAGAAUUGCUAGUAAAAAGACAGCUCCGCCUGAAGCUGGCGGCGCAUGGCCUUUGAUUGGCCACCUCCACCUCUUAGGAGGGUCACAACCACCCCAUAUAACCUUGGGUAAUAUGGCUGACAAGUACGGACCAAUCUUCACUAUCUGCAUGGGUUUGCAUCGAACUCUAGUAGUUAGCAAUUGGGAGAUAGUCAAAGAGUGCUUUACUACCAACGACAAAGCCUUUGCCAACCGUCCAAAAUUUUUAGCCGCAGAUCUCUUGGGUUACAGUUAUGCCAUGUUUGGGUUCAGCCCUUAUGGUCCCUAUUGGCGUCAACUACGCAAAAUAGCCACGCUUGAGGUCCUCUCAAAUCACCGCCUUGUGUUGCUCAAACACAUUCGACAAGCCGAGGUAAGUGCAUCUAUAAAAGACAUAUAUGACCAAUGGGUCAAGAAUGAUAAAGUAUUGGUGGAUAUGAAAAGAUGGUUUGGUUACACAACUCUAAACAUAGUAUUGAAGAUGGUUGUAGGAGAGCAAUUUAGUGGGGCUGUGACCAAUGUUGAGAAUGAAGAGAAUGAUCAACACCGAAAGGCUUUGAGAGAGUUUUUCGAUUUGACUGGGACAUUUGUGUUGUCAGAUGCAAUACCGUAUCUAAGGUGGUUUGACUUGGGAGGGUACGAGAAAGCCAUGAAGAAUACAGCAAAAAAAUUGGAUCAUAUGGUUGCAGAAUGGCUAGAAAAACAUAAGCAAGUGAAGAUUUCAGGUGAGGUGAAGGGACGCCAAGACUUUAUGGAUGUGAUGUUGUCCAAUGUUACACACCAUGAUGAUGAGACUUCAAGUUAUGAUGCUGAUACAAUCAUCAAAUCUACCUGCCUGGCCCUUAUCUUAGGGGGUACAGACACAACAACAGCAACAUUAACAUGGGCUCUCUCGUUACUUCUCAAUAACCAUGAAGUCCUAAGGAAAGUCCAACAAGAAUUAGACCUCCAAGUUGGUAGAGAAAGGCUCGUAGAGGAAUCAGACAUGAAACAUUUGGUCUAUUUCCAUGCUGUUAUCAAAGAAACAAUGCGUUUAUAUCCUGCCGCACCACUCUCAGUGCCACAUGAGUCCAUUGAAGAUUGCACUUUGGCUGGUUAUCAUGUCCCAGUAGGCACUCGACUCAUUGUUAAUCUUCCAAAGCUCCAUCGAGACCCACAUGUGUGGUCAGACCCAAAUGAAUUUCAACCUGAAAGGUUUCUUAGAUCCCACAAGGAUGUUGAUGUUAGGGGCCAGAAUUUCGAAUACAUACCAUUUGGGAGCGGUAGAAGAGUGUGCCCUGGGAUAUCAUUCGCGCUACAAGUUAUGCAACUCACAUUGGCUACCUUGUUGCAUGCUUUUGAAAUUUCAACACCUGCAAAUGAACCUGUGGACAUGACUGAGAAAGCAGGACAAACCAACUUGAAAGCCACCCCACUUGAAGUCCAUCUCACUCCUCGUCUUAAUGUCCAAGCAUAUGCGUAGUGUAAAUAAUUUAGAACUACGGGGGCAUUUCAAUUAGAACUGUUGUGUGCUUCUUGUACUUGUUUUAAGCAUGGAAUUGGGAUCUUGUUCUACAACAAUUUCUAGAAAUGAGAAAAUAUCUAGACUACA